AUGCAGGGAGUUUUUGUAGCCAUCCUCACCUUUUCUCUUGGGACAGCAGGGGCUGCCCCAAAGUACCUCUGCACCUACUAUGACAUUGUUGACUACCUGAACAUCUCCUCUCAUGACAAGCUGUACACGUACAUCCUGCCCAAGAUAAACCCGAAGGAGCCUGUGGAAGUGAAGGUGGAUUUCUUUCUGGUGUCAAUUCUCUCUGUGGUGGAAAAGCUGCAGACAGUCAGUUUUUACUUCGUCCUGAACCUGGAAUGGCAGAACCCUUUUGCAACCUGGGACCCCUGGGAUUUCUGUAACAUCUCUGAAAUUGUUCUGCCCUUGGACACGUAUUGGUCGCCCCCCAUCUUCAUCUUGGAGCGAGUGAACGGGCAGGACCCAGAGCUGAAUUAUGUGGAGCUCAUGCACAACGGCACCUUCAACUCCACCCGGGCCUACCAGGCCACCCUCACGUGCAGUUUGGUGAUCUUCAAGUUCCCCUUCGACACCCAGAUGUGCAAUCUGAGCAUAGCUUCAUUCCUCUACCCAGUAACAGACUUUGUCAUGAAGACGAGACGGACACCAGCUGAGAUCAUAAGAGACAGCAAGAGCUUAAUCCUGACUGAUGGAGAAUGGAAGUUUACCAACGUGAGCAUCAUGGAAUUCACCGAAAUGAUGGAUGACAAAGGAUUUUCUGUGGUCACCUAUGUGAUUUCCAUGGAUAGACGACCCACUCUCUACAUUCUGAACUUGAUCCUCCCAACGUGUGCCCUGUACUUGCUGGACAUGGCUGUGCUGUUUGGUCCCAGCUCUCUCGAGGAGAAAAUCAACUUCCAGAUUGCCAUCAUCCUCGGCAGCUCCAUGCUGGCUGUGAUUCUCAACAACAGCCUCCCAACUUCCUCCAACAAACCACCCAUCAUAGUGGUGUUUUUCCUGGGCACCUUCCUGCUCAUGAUCAUGGCUGUGUUGGACACCUUCUUCCUGUUGUACCAGCAGCGCAAAUCCGGGCGCUUGGACAAGGUCCUCAGGAGCUCCCAGCAAGGUAAAACAGCCCAGAACCCCUCCAAGAGAGGAGGUUUGGGGCAUUCUCCUGCAUGUUGGGUGGAGCCAGGGUGGUUUCCUCAGGGACAAACUGUGCCCCAGGCAGGGUGAGCCAUGGUGGCCCACAGGGCUGACCCUGCCCUUGCUCCUGCAGACCCACACCAGCUGCCCAAGGCACCCCCAGGCAAUCUGGCCAAGGGGGGCCCCCGGCUGCUGCACCCUCCCAGGAAGGCCCAAGGGCAGCCCACCAAGCGCCUCUGGCAGCUGCAGGAGCUGGAUCAGUUUCUUCCAGUUCUGGAGAAGGUGCUUCUCUUCAGCCACCUCUUCCUGUCCCUGUUCUUUUUUGCUGUGAUUUUUGUAAAAUGGAGCAGCUGAAGAUCAGCUCUGCCCAGUGCCAGCUCAGCUGUUCUCUACCAUGUUGCUUCUGACUCCCUGCUGUCAUUUGUUCCUGGUCAAUUCAUAGAGCUGCAGUUCAGUUGCCUGAAUAAAAUAAAAUUAAAUUAAAAUCCAAAGCCACAGGACCCAAGAUCUGCAUGUGUAGUGCUUUGUACUCUGGUUCAGUAGAACUGCAGAUGUUCUUGAAGUAUUCUGUGAGCUACUAAGGUAUUUGAAUAAAAUAGUUGUAAAAUCUGGGGAUAACACCUUCAUUCUACCUAUCUGUAAUUCUGACCUCCAACAUGACCAAAAAGAAAAGGAGCUGAUUGCCUUCUCUUAGAUGAGAGAAGGCAAUCAGCCAUCCUGAUUAAACACCUUCCAUCUUGAGGGGAGGUGUUUAAGAAUUCCACCUCACAUUAUUAAAUAAAACAGUGCAAGUCUUUACUAUUGUUUCUGUGAGUUCCAGUGAGAUCAGCACCAUUCAGAAAUCCAGGGCAAAGAGAAAAGAAGCACCAUGAUUGUUUUUAAAAAAAAAUUAAAAAAUAAUUUUUUAUGUGCAUCUCAACACACCAAUACUUCUUCACCUCCUCUUGGAAUUGGCUUUUCCUAACCAAUCACAAUCAGCCCAGAAAACAGGCCCAGACCUGUGGCUGUAGAAGCCCUGAGACACUCCAGACACACACAAAUCACUGCCAAACACACUCCAGCAUCUCAAAGGGCUACACACGGUCAACUUCUGAGCAAGUGGCUGCCUGCAAGGGCAGAACUCCAUCCCCUGCCCCUCGUGGCAACAGAGAGGGAUUGGAGGUUCAUUU